AAAAAAUAAUUCCGGAUCUCAUAGAUGAAGCUCCUCUACAGGCUGUAACGGUCCAAUAUAGAAGUCCGUCGUUUAGUUUCGGUGAAAAAGUCACAAUCUACGAUAUUGUAGAAACUCCGCAGGUUGUAAACUGGACAAUAAAAAAAGGCGAGCAGUACACACUUAUAAUGACAGGCUUAGAUGUGCCUAGCCGAGAGGAUUACAAGGAUCGGGAGUAUCUUCACUGGUUGGUGGUUAAUAUACCAGGUCGAAAUCUGAGGAAGGGAUUUCACUUGCCCGAAUAUAAAGGAGCGAUUUAUGAAUACCAAGAAGGAAAUCAUCGUAUAAUUUACUUAGUGUACCGUCAAAAGGAAAAGUUGCAUCUCAAAGGUGAUCACCAUCAUCCAGAUUCACUGAAAGUUAAAAGAGAAAAUUUUUCUACGCGACAUUUCGUCAAUGAGUACAGAUUAGGAGCACCAUUUGCAAUCAAUUGGGCAGAAGUGGACAAAAGCCCUGACAUCAUAUUUACUCCAGACAUGGAUCCUUACGAAGAUGAAGACGAUUCGUGAAAAGGUACCUCUCCACAAAAAUCAAGGAUACAAAAGAAGGAUUGAGAAAGAAAUAAAUAGAAAAAUAAAAUUAAAAACACGUAUAUAUUCUUGAAGUAUCAAAAUAUAAAAGGGUGUCCUGCCACGAAUUUUAAAGGUUAUAAAUUGAUUAGAAUAUUUUUAGCAAAGAACACAAAUUUGCCUGCACUGCAAAUCGAUUUGCAUCUCAGUGUUUGACGGAUUCAUUGAAGAGCCACCUAGGUAUGUCUUGUCAUCUCAGUUGCAAAUAAACAUGAAAAAUGAAAAAAUGCGUAAAACAUGGUUUAAGUAUUACAACUUUAAAAAGACAGGACGUUUCGAGCUUUCAUAUGACCAUCACUUCAAUUUGGUUCCAAUAUUCCUCGAGUGUAUACAAAUACUAAACUUAAGCACUAUCAAGGAAUAAUUACAUCGACAGAGCUAUCAAUAGGGCUGCAACAUUUUUCAGGUCCAAGAAGUGUCAACUUUCUUAGAAUUUAUUGUUUUUGCACAAAAUGAAAUGCUUAAAUAAAAAUACCCGAAAUACAAAUUCAAA